GCCAGCAAGCGGAGCAGCGGUCAGCGGCACCGGCGGCUUAGAGCUAGGGACUUCGUCUUGCUUGGCAGGUUUAGUAUGUUCAUACCUGAGGCACAAUGCAAAUUUAAUGAAAAUACAAUAAAACGUGGACUGAUACAGCAGGUGUCAGAGUGUUCCCCACUGGUGAUAUUUUUUUUUCUCAAGCUGAUACAGUCACAAACUUUGAAGACUUGUGUGUGGUUACCAUGAGGAUGUCGUCCACCAUCUGGCCUGUGCUUAUAUCAUGUCUCUUACUGAUUUUGUUAAAAGCACAUGGUGAAGAAGUUGGAUAUUGUUCCACUUUGACGGAGCACAAAGAUCUUUCCAAUAAUAAUCUAACAAGGAUGCCAUCACAUUUAUCAAACAGCAUAGAGUACUUAGAUGUGUCCCACAACAACAUCUCCAGCAUUGUUCACGGUGACCUGUCUGGUUUAACACAUCUCUGCUCCCUCAAAGUGACGCACUGUGGACUUCAAUACAUCUCCCCUGAUGCCUUCAGCAGCAACUCUGAAAUCAAAAUACUGAACAUCUCCUACAACCAUCUGACAGUCAUUCCUAAUUUACAUUUGCCCCAGCUAAGGAUCCUAGACCUAUCCACCAAUCUAUAUCCCAGUUAUGCACUUCCAGACUCGUUUGGUAACUUAAGUUACCUUUCGAUCCUUGCGAUCAGUAGUAAACACGCUACUUCUGUUAAUGUGAAGGACUUUGUUCCUCUUCAAAACGGGCAUUUAAAAAAAAUCCUGUUUGGAGAUGGAACGGAAUUACAAAACUAUGAAAAUGGCUCUUUUUCGCAACUCAAAUCAUUACAGGAAGUUGUUCUGAAAGUGACUUUUUGCCAGCGUUUCGACAUUUUCAGUGACAUGAUUAUGGAUUUUGACCAAACCCAAACAAAAAAAAUUCAGCUUGUAAAGUUAUUUCCAGACCAAUGUACCAUCAAGACCGAUCCUUUCAAGGCUUUUAAAGAUUUGCGUGUCCUCAGUAACUUAAGCAUCGUAGACACCUGGCUAAACAGCUCUGUGAUGGUGAAACUGUUCAAAAAUGUUUGGAAAUCAUCUUUUGAGGAAACUGAGUUUUUAAACAUCACUUACAAUGAGGACACUCCUUAUGGCUUCUGGCUUCCAAAGCAGAAUCACACCACGAAUCUACGAUCCUUUGUACUUGAUGGUGUAAACCACCGUCAGUACCACUACCCCACUUUUAAUGUGAGUAUGGAACUAGUCAACAAACUAACCUAUCUGAAGUUCUCCGGUACCGGAAUGAAUAUUCUUCCAUGCAAUCUAAUUUCAGCCAUAAAGUCUCUACAAGUCUUGGAUCUGUCAAACAACCUCUUAGAGGAAAGUGGCUUCUGGUGGAUUGGAUGCUCAUCACACAAAGUGUUUCCAGCCUUGAGGAAACUCUCGCUAAGCCAUAACCGUUUCAAAGACCUCGCUGAGAUUGCCAAAAACGUCAAUAAUAUGAAGUUCUUAGAGUCUCUUGACUUGAGUUUCAACUCUAUUACCACUGGCAAACCAUGUUUUUGGCCGCCCCACCUGAUUGAGUUGAGUCUCAGCCACAACAAUCUAGGAAACAAUGUGUUUCACUACCUAUCUCCAUACUUCCAAAAGAUAGACCUUUCAAAGACAGGCAUUAGUGUUAUUCCUUUAAAUAUUAUGUCAUUGUUUCCCAGACUAACAUACCUCUAUCUGAGUUUUAACAGCAUACAGGUCAUCCCGGCAGAUCUUCGGGCUCCUAUGUUAGUAAGCCUGCACAUUGACCAGAACGCUAUUACUUUCAUUAGCCAGAAAUCAAUGGAAGGUUUCCCCAAGCUGAGGACUUUGAAAGCUGGCCACAAUCCAUUUAGCUGUGACUGCGAUUCCUUUUGGUUCAUGACGGUGUAUAAUAAAUCACUUCUCUCAGAUUGGCCCCUGGAUUACUCUUGCAGCACCCCGCCAUCGUUUUCCGGCCGGCGUUUGGAGACAUAUGAGCGUGGAUGGCUGUCCUGUCAACCGGGCUUGCAGGCUGCUGUGGUUCUGUCGGUGUUAUCUGUGGUGGGAGUUGCUCUAGCCAUCAUUGUUUAUGCUUGUGAUGGUAUUUGGUACACCAAAAUGCUUUGGGUUUGGAUCCGAGUGAAAAGGAGAGGCUACAAGAGGGCUGAUCGACUGCUAAAUGCCACCUUUCGCUACCAUGCCUUUAUUUCCUACAGCCAGCAUGACUCAACCUGGGUGGGAUCUCAGCUGGUACCUGAAUUAGAAAGGUCAGGCCUGUCUCUUUGCGUCCAUGAGAGAGAUUUUGAACCUGGGAAGUGGAUUGUGGAUAAUAUAAUCCAUUGUGUGGAGGACAGCUACAAGAGCCUCUUCAUCCUGUCCAAACACUUUGUGCAAAGCGAGUGGUGCAACUAUGAACUGUUCUUUGCCCAGCACAGGGCGAUCAGUGUGAACGACGACUCUCUGGUCUUCGUUCUGUUGGAGCCCAUACCAGCAGACUCUCUGCCCAAAAAGUUUCUAAAGUUAAGAACACUGCUGAGGCGGAAAACGUACCUGGAGUGGCCGGCAGAUGAACGCAAGCAGAGAGUAUUCUGGUGCAAUCUUAAAGCUAUUCUGCAGACUGUAGACCAGAGCAAGAUUUUAAAGGAUGUGGCCACAGACAUUGCUGAAAUGUGUCCUCUGGUGUCUGUUAAAGAAUGAAAUUCUGUUUGUAUUUUUAAAAUAUCACAAUACUGUAAACAAAAUUGUGAUUAAACAAAAAAAAGAGAACGUUUCUGGCUUGCGUGAACCGAUAGUGCAGAACAAAAGUUAUGUUCUAUUCAUUUUUUGGAUAUUUUCAUUUCUUUUUAAACUAUGAAUGUGUUCUUUGUUUAGACUCAGAUAGCCAGCCCAUAUAAUGUAAACAUGAAAUGUAUUCUUUCUAAAAACCUUGGCCUAUGUCUCCACCUACUGUUGAACUUCAGAAGUGGCGCAAACUUGUAUUUUUAAACUUCACAAGUUCAAGUUUUUAGUAGUAUUUCAGUACUAAUA